AAAAGGAGCGACCUGAACCGACGGAAACCCCAACCAAUCUGCCGCCGCUUCUCUCCCACCAGAAACCCGUCUCCGCCGCGAUUCCCCUCCUCCUCCAACCCAUCGCCUCCUCCAAUCCAGCCCGCGCGCCGACGAAGAUUCAGGGUCUGAGUUCAUAUUACAACUGCAGCCAUGUUUAACAGGAUCUUUGGUAAGCCCAAGGAGCAGGCCAAUGCCAGUGCAUUGGCCACGCUUGAUAAGUUAAAUGAGACUCUUGACAUGCUGGAGAAGAAGGAGAAAGUCCUAGAGAAAAAGGCAGCUGCAGAACUGGAGAGGGCAAAAGAUUUCUCAAAAGCUAAGAAUAAAAGAGCGGCUAUCCAAUCCUUGAAGAGAAAAAAACUUUAUGAGCAACAAAUUGAGCAGCUUGGGAACUUUCAGUUGAGAAUUCAUGAUCAGAUGAUCAUGUUAGAAGCUGCGAAAGCUACGACAGAGACUGUUGAUGCAUUGAGGACUGGAGCUGCAGCUAUGAAAGCAAUGCAAAAAGCAACAAAUAUUGAUGAUGUUGAUAAGACUAUGGAUGAAAUUAAUGAACAGACUGAAAACAUGAAACAAAUACAAGAUGCUUUGUCAGCACCUCUUGGAGCAUCUGCUGAUUUUGAUGAGGAUGAACUAGAAGCGGAACUGGAAGAACUGGAGGGAGCAGAAUUGGAAUCUCAGCUUCUCGAGCCUGUUGCAGCUCCACCUGUGCAUCCAGUUCAGGUCCCAACCAGACCAAAUCGCCCUGUUCCACAGAAAGCAUCAGCUGAGGAGGAUGAGCUUGCAGCCCUGCAAGCUGAAAUGGCAUUAUGAUCAGGUUCACAAUGAAGAGAUGAAGUGUACAAAUGAUUGGCUGUACUCUACGAAAUUGCAACGAGUCUAGCUUACAAUAUAUUUCCCGUUGUGUGUAAAAUCUUUGGGGAUAAUCGGCAAUCAAAGAAAGAUGCUGCUUCAGUCCGGUACUCCAGUGUUUUGUUUUAGUGGCUUGGGGGCCUGUUCUCCUUCGACGGAAUUCAGUUAAUCUGCCACAAUUAGCUCCAAGCUAAUCCAUGCAAUGUGCAUUGUUGUCGCACAAUAUUUUUCAUUGACCAUUAUCUGGAGUCUCGUGUAAAGAUAUAACCCAGGGUGUCGCGAUUGAUACGUUGGUUGGCUUUCUUCUUUCUUUACUUUUGGCGACCAAAAGGGCUUUAUAUAUCAGUGGAAAUUCAAUCUGCUUGAAUACA